AUGGCUACGAAAGUUCCCGCCACUAAGGUUGCAGGGUUUUCUGAUAUAAUAUACUACUUUCGGAAAGUAACAUCUGACACUUUAACAAUUGAAGAUGAUGAAGAAGUUGAAUUUGCUGAACAGCAAACACGAACUAAGCAUGUUACUAAGUUUCCUGAAGACCCUCUUUUUGUUCAACAGUGGAACUUGUUAAACACUGGGCAGUAUGGGGAUAGGUACAAAGGAAAUGAUUCAAGAGUGGUGCCUGCCUGGCUGCAGGGAUAUACUGGAUGCAAUGUUACAGUAACCGUUGUGGACGAUGGUAUUGACUUUAGGCAUCCUGCUCUAUGGCCGAAUUUUGCUCCUAUGGUGUCCUAUGACCAUCAUGAUAACGAUUCGGAUCCUUCAACCUACGGUCAUGAACAUGGAACUCGUUUAAACACUGGGCAGUAUGGGGAUAGGUACAAAGGAAAUGAUUCAAGAGUGGUGCCUGCCUGGCUGCAGGGAUAUACUGGAUGCAAUGUUACAGUAACCGUUGUGGAUGAUGGUAUUGACUUUAGGCAUCCUGCUCUAUGGCCGAAUUUUGCUCCUAUGGUGUCCUAUGACCAUCAUGAUAACGAUUCGGAUCCUUCAACCUACGGUCAUGAACAUGGAACUCGUGUUAGUGGAAUAGUUGGGGCAGCAAAAAAUUCCACAUGUGGCAUCGGAAUUGCGUAUGAGUGCAAUCUUGGAAGUGUUAAUCUUCUAAAUGGUAAUGAAGGCAGGACUGACGUGGAAGAGGCCACUGCUCUAUCACAUGAACAGAAUGUUGUAGAUGUCUACACCAAUGUUUGGGGACCUUCCGACGCAGGAAAUACUGUCAUGGGGCCCAGGACUCUCACCAAACUUGCCCUAGAGGAAGGAACAGCUAAAGGACGUAAUGGAAAAGGGUCCAUAUUUGUGUGGGCCAGUGGUAACGGAAGAGAUGAAGAUGACUGUGCUGCUGAUGGCUACGUGUCCAGUAUAUACACCAUUGCUGUUGGAGCUAUUGGAGUUAACGGUGUCUAUAGUUUUUUUGAUGAGAGAUGUUCGGGAAAAAUGGUAGUGGCUUAUGUGACCGCUCCAGAGAAACGUCCUGCAAUUAGAACAACAAGUCCAGGUGGAAAGUGUAGAGAUGAUUUUGGUGGAACCAGUGCAGCAGCUCCCCAGGUGUCUGGAGCCAUUGCUCUAGCCCUUGAGGCAAACCCAAGUCUGACAUGGAGAGAUGUCCAGUACCUGAUAGUGUACACAGCUAAUCCUGAUCUGACUACUGGUCCUCUGACACGGAAUGGAGCUGGUCUGGCAGUGAGUCGUCAGUAUGGGUUUGGAGUGAUGGAUGCUGAGGCCAUGGUCACCAGAGCUAGACACUGGGUCAAUGUACCUCCUCAGAUGAAAGAUAACAUUAUUAGUGUAUCCAGGCAACAAAUUCUGAAUGUGGCAUACUCAGGAACAGUGAACUACACUGGACACAUCCAGUACCUUGAACACGUAGUGGUCUGCAUUUCUGUCACUGUCUCACGCAACCACGACAGAGGAGAUUUAGAGAUUGAGCUCAUGUCACCGUCUGGAACACUAUCAGUUCUCCUUCAACCACGACAAACAUAUGAUCACCUACCCGGGGAAAAAAGCUACUCCGACUGGCCUUUUAUGUCAGUUAUGUUCUGGGGAGAAGAUCCUGCUGGACAGUGGACCCUCAACAUAACUAACAUAUACUAUUUCCUUGAUGGUGUUGUCAAUGUUAGUAAGGUGGAGUUUGAGUUCUACGGAGUGUCCCAAGUGCCAGAGGCAGUGGCAAACAUUCCUGACCAGUGUCACUCUGACUGCAGAAGAGGGUGUGCUAGAGAGGGCUCCAACUUCUGUGACUCAUGUGUCAACCUCCGCAAUGCCUACACUCUGGAGUGUAUCAAUGAGUGUCCUCCAGGCUACACCCAGCGUAAUGGCUACUGCUAUGAUGCAAGUCUACCAGUCAAGGAAUGCAAUUCUCCUCUCAAGAUAAAAGAGGGCACAGGGUUCACUCCAGAAUAUGAACCUAUUACUUGUGUUGAGGCUGGAUUCACCGAGUGCUGCACUAACGGCAACUGUGUAUCUGCUAUGUUUCACUUGUUCCGCUGUUUCUGCGAUGCUCUCUGCCACAAAUUUCGUGACUGCUGUGAGGAUGCAGAACUCAUUGGAUGCUUACCUGAAAAUGUUCAGCUGACCUUGCCUUACAUUGAUUUUGGAGUCUCACCUGGGGUUGAAACACAUUCUGUUCAUACCGAUCACCAACCAAUCGAUGUUUCUUUUCCUUUUGGGAAAUCCCUUGAAUCCAGAGUUUUGAACAAUGGUUCCUUCGUAUUUACACACAACAUAACUUCAAUGGACGAGCAUACAAAAGCAGUGGCCCCAUUCCAGAGUGCUAAUGAUCCACACAGUGGCACAAUCACUUAUGAGGUACACGAAGGAAAUAACUCCCAACCGAUUCUGUCUCUUAUGGAUUCCAUCAUUAAUAAACACGAAAACACGAGCUUCAGUAGCAAAUGGGUUCUUGUUACUUCAUGGAUAGACUUCAAACAACCGGGUUUCGACUUUACUAACACCUUCCAGGGAAUACUGGUCACGGAUUUCAUCACGUCUUAUGCAGUAUUUACGUACAAGGAUGGAGAUAUGAGUUUCUCAGAUCCCGGGAUAAUCGGGUUCACCAACACUGAGCUCGGUUUAAGCGUCACUCACGGAGCCACGUACAGAGAGAAGCCUCAUUUUAUAUCCGGGCUGAAUGAUCCAACGCCAUGGGUCAAUGUGGUCUAUAAAAUAUCAGAAUCAGGUUAG